AUGAAACCCACAUCCAAGUUCAUCAACUCAACACUUCUUCAAUCAACCUCACUCAAACCAACCUAUCUAUCCAAAAGACUUUCAACCGAAUCAAGUAUAGCAAUCAGACCCAGAAGUUCAAGUAUCCCACCACCUAUUCCAUUACACCAACAAUCAAGACCGAGUCAUAGAUUAGUAGUAGCUUCAUUAGUUUCAAGAUUACCGAUCACCUUGAAAAAAUUGACAAGAUUCGAAUCGGCUUAUUAUCAUUAUCAAUCACAACUUUCGAAAACUUUGGAAACUAAAUUUAAUACUUCUUUCUUCUUUAGAUCUGGAUCUCAAGCUGAAAAAGAAUUCUUGGAAGAAAGUACAGGGAAAUCCAAUCAAGUUGAUGCAAGUGUUGAUCAACACGAUCAUCAGACGGUCGAUCAGCUCGAUUUGGAUGAAUCUAGUUUAGAAAGAAAAAAAGAUCAAACUUUGUAUUUGUUAGUGAAAAAGAACAGAAGUGAACAUCAAUGGCAAUUACCACAAGGAGGUAUUAAACCAAAAGAAGAUUUAGUGAAGGCAGGAUUAAGAGAAUUGUAUGAAGAAUUAGGAAUCGAUAUGGAUAUCUUUUCGAUUGGUCAUGUGCCUGCUAGUUAUUAUUCUUAUGAAUCGAUACCUAGUUCAUUAACUUCUACUACUUUGAAAGGUACAAAGGUUUGGAUUAUGCCAAAAAGGAUUUUAAGAGGUCAACCUAAGAUUACAGAAGUAGGUAAAUCUGAAGGGAUCAUUCAGUUUGCUUGGUUAACAAAAGAUGAAAUUCAAAAUAGAGUUAGUCAAGAAUUAUGGUCAGGUUUAAAUCCAAUUCUUUCUGAAAUUUAA